UUCUUGCUGCGGGGAUAGAAAAGAAGGCAGUAUUCAUAUUAUUGAAGUUUACGCAUCAGAGAAAAUCUCAUAGUUACUCGUCACUGGCCAAGUAUAUAAUUCUGUAUACGUAUUCAUAUCUUUCCAAUUAGGGUUCGCUUUGGUGGACCAAUUUGAUUUUGAUUGAACACAAGUGCAGGAAGCGUUUGAGGUAAAAUUAGGUUUGGGAUUAGGGGGGACGGAUGGGGAGCGGAGAUGAUCGGACGUUUAGGGUGAGCUUCACCGGCGAAGGAUUGGCAAAGCUGCGGGGGCAAGUGCAGGAGAAGCUUAAGGAGUUCAUGGGGGACUACACCGACGAUACACUCGUGGAAUAUGUCAUAGUCUUGCUCAAAAAUGGGAGGAAUAAAGAAGAAGCAAAGAGUGAAUUGGAUGUUUUCCUUGGUGAUGACAGCGACUCCUUUGUCUCUUGGCUGUGGGAUCAUCUUAGUUCAAAUUUAAACCUGUACAUGCAACAACAAGAAGCCCCUCUUGAUGGAGUGGUCAAAGAAAGACCUGCCAGUGUGGAGCAUACUGUGAAGAAUGAAAUCCACCAUGUGAAGUCUGAAUCUGACCAAGUGAAAUCUGACAGACCAAGAUCCCGCCAUAAAAGGGAAUGGAAAGGCCUGCUGAGAGAUGCAGAUGAACACCCAACUCUGCAGGGUGUUGUGGUGGAUACUACUCGCCCACAGGUGGAAAGUCAGCAUAAACUUGCUCGGACAACACAGUCUAUAUCUCCCAAGCCAGAAGCUCACAGGAAAAGAAGUAGACCUGUAGAUGGGCCAACAAAGAAGGCAACAAUUGCUGCUCCACGAAGAUUGCUGCAAUUUGCAGUGCGUGAUGCAGUGGCUACUUCAAGGCCAUCUGCUGAACCAUCACUGAAACGCCUUCGUUCUGUGGUUUCUACAUCUAUGGAGGAAUCAUUAACAGAAGAACGCCCACACAGAUUACGGUCCGUUGCAAGAUUGCCAAAUGCCAUGACCACUGCUAUUAAAGCUGUUGCUGAAGCUGCCAAAGAUGUGAAAAAAAUUAGAUCAUCAGCUAAUGUGUUUGAUAGACUUGGUAGUGUCACUGAAACAUUAGACACUAAAGGCCAACUUGAGUUGAGGGAAGAUAUUUCUGAAGAUGUCGAAGAUGAAAAAUUUGUUGAUGUAACAGAAGUUCCCUUGACUUAUCAUCAGAGAAGUGAUUAUAGUGGACGAUAUUCUUCAAAAUUGCAAAGUGACACUGUGAUGGCUUCUGACCCUGCAUUAGAAGAUGGGGUUUAUGGUGACAUCAAUGUUGUGGAUCGAAGUGCUAUGGAUGCCUUCCAGAAACAUUCUUAUGUUGGAAAUAACAGUGUGAACCCACCGUUGGUUGAGCACAGUGUGGGUAACAGGUCUGAUGGAAUAAUGCUAAAGUCAGUGAAGGAUCAGGAUCAGCCUACAUCUACACCCUAUGCUUCUCGUAAAAUAAUGACUGGACCUCUAAAUGUGAAUACUUGGAAAUCACCUCAAUAUCAGGAGGCGAGGAAGGCAGUGGAGAUAGGCUAUAAUAAAUCUACACAAAGCAGUGAGACAAUGGGAGCCAAGUCUGGCAUGCAACUGAUGAAAGAGAAUAGUACUACUAUAGCUGUUGAUAAUGGAAAUGUCAAAUCCAGUUCAGACACGAAAGUGGAAUCCCAAAAGAUACAGUCUGCUGUUCCUGGCUUAUACUCCACUGGAACACCUACAGAGGAUUCUGAUUCCCGGACAAUCUUUGUCAACAAUGUCCAUUUUGCUGCUACAAAGGACAGUCUUUCACGACAUUUCAAUAAGUUUGGAGAGGUGCUUAAAGUGGUUAUUUUAACUGAUGCCGCAACAGGACAACCUAAAGGGUCAGCUUAUGUAGAGUUCAUGAGAAAGGAAUCAGCAGAGCAUGCUUUAUCGCUUGAUGGAACCUCAUUCAUGUCCCGUAUUCUUAAGGUUGUGAGGAAAGGCUCCGCACCUCCUGAAGCUACACCUACCAUCUCAUGGCCUCGAAUCGUGAGAGGUGUACCUUUUGCCGCUUCUAGGUUUGGCCGGAGCCCUUUCCCCAGAGGCAUGCCCAAUGCAUAUAGGGCACGGGGCCUCACAAUCAAACCGGGUGCAAGGAGCUUGCAAUGGAAGCGCGAUGCUCAGUCAAGUCCAAGUCAAGCUUCUGCCUCGAACAAUGCAGUUCCACCUUCCACCACCCCUCGAAGCAUGACCUACGUUCGGACAGAACAGAAAACAAAUGGAACCUCCAACGCUGCCUAGUUCUUCACCACCCCAUUCUUUUGCGCCCCUCUGACAACACGGAAGGAUCCAAAUCCCAAUAAACGCGCUUGGCACCUCGGAUUAUGUUUUGCUUGGUCAGUGAGAUUGGAGAAAAAUAUGUUGAAUGAAGGGCAUAGCAUGCAGGCAUGAGCUUUGAUGAUAGUUGUUGGGAAUAUGGGCAUGUGGUAUACAGCUGAGGUAGCGUACGUUAUUAAUGUAGUUAUUUUCGCAAUAUAUGUGAAUAGGAGGAGACUAGGGGACACAAUAUGUCUAAUCGCUUUAUAUUUUAAUUCAAAAAAACUAAGAGGAGAAAGGUAGAGCUUGUUC